AACACACACACUCACACACACACACACACACCGAGGCAGCAGCAGCAGCGGCGGCGGCGGCGGCAGAGACCGGACGAUGGCCAGCGGUGACAGUCUGGACUCGUGGCUCAACCAGGCCACGGACCCCAAUAACGAGGCUGAAAGAUGGGACUGCAUCCAGGGUUUCUACGAGCUCGUCAACCAGGAGACGGACGGUCCACAGGUCGCCAUUCGCCUUCUUGCUCAUAAAAUCCAGUCUCCGCAGGAGAAGGAGGCGCUGCAGGCCAUCACUGUCCUGGAGGCGUGCAUGAACAACUGUGGAAAGAGGUUCCAGUGUGAAGCGGCCAAGUUUCGAUUUCUCAAUGAACUCAUCAAAGUGUUAACACCUAAGUAUUUUGGAGCCUGGACUCCUCAGAAGGUCAAAGACAGAGUGACUGAGGUUCUCUAUGGUUGGACGCUGUGGCUGAAAGACGAGACCAAGAUUCAAGAGGCCUACAGCAUGCUGAAGAAACAAGGUAUUGUGACGGAGGAUCCUAAACUCUCAGAAAUCCUCAUCAUCGCUCCCCCCCCACAGAGGAGCUCAGAGUCGGUUUUUGACCAGAAGGACAAAGCAUCACUCCUAGCUCGUCUGCUGAACCGUCCUGAAGACCUGGAAACUGCAAACAGACUCAUCAAGAGCACGGUCAGAGAGGAGCAGGAAAAGGCCGAGAAGAGUCUGAAGCGUGAGUCUACGCUGAAGGAGGUGGAGAGCUGCACCAAGCAGCUGAGAGAGCUGCUGGAUCAACACAACACGACAGGAACCACGCUGCCCCCUAGUGACGACAUGAAGGCCCUGUAUGAAAACUGUGACCGCCUCAGGCCCAGUCUGUUUCGUUUGGCCAGUGACACCUUGGACGACGACACGGCUCUGGCUCAAGUCCUGGCGGCUAACGACGAUCUGACGCUGGCGGUGAACGCCUACAAAGACUGUUUCACGAAGAGAGAGACCAACGCGGUCCGAGAGCGGAGCGACAGUGAGGAGGAGAAGAGCAAAUCCAGCGCUUCCUCCAGUCCCAGGGAGAUCAAGAGCUACCACCUGAUCGACCUGUCAGCGCUCGACUCUCCUGAGGUCCACAGGAAAACCAAGGCACCACCGGCCGGCCGAUCGUCGUCACCUCAGCUGGACAACAACAUUCAUUUAUUCCCUGAACCUCCAUCCACUUCAUUAGAUAACGCAGUUCAAACUCCAGGACAUUCACUGUCUUACUUUGAGGAACUGAUGCAGUUCAAUGACGACGUCCAGAAGAACAACAGUCAGCAGAACGAGAGGAGGGACGUCCUGCUACGAGCUCGAGGGUGUUUGGGCGAUAACGGGGUGUCCAAUGACACUGACACCUGGCCUCGACAUCAGCAGUUCACUGGAUCUGGUUCCACCUACAGGACAGAGACACAACCUGCACCACGGACAGAGACAGUGUCCACGUCACAGCUGCUGAGACACGUCUUCGUCCCAGUGGAGACCAUCAAGUCCAGUCACCUGGAGCCCAUCACUCUGUACGACCAGGGCGGCAUCCACGCCUCCCUCCACUUCGCCAAAGACCCCCCAGCGGGUCACCCGGAUGUCGCCGUGGUCGUCGUCUCCACGGUGAACACCUCUGCAUUCGAUGUGAAGGACUUCACGUUUCAGGCGGCCGUUCCCAAGACCAUGGUGGUGAAACUUCAGCCUGCCUCACGGACCAGCCUUCCUCCGUACAACCCCCUGCUGCCUCCACCUGCCAUCUCCCAGGUCGUCCUGCUGGCCAACCCUCAGAAGUGUAAAGUACGUCUUCGCUUCAAGCUGACACUGAAACACGGAGACCAAUCGCUGCAGGAGACCGGAGAGAUUGAAAACUUCCCAGGCUGGAACUCUCUGAUUGGCCAAUGACAACGUUUUACACGAAAAACCCAAACAAUGGAACUAAAAGUUGGAAAAAAUACGAUGAACCCCGACCUCCCAACGACAACUGUCCGGCCUCUUCAGGUGCUUCGCUCCACAGUUUUUACCACAUAUAUAUAAACAUAUAUGCAGCAGCGCGAUGCUUCUUCAACCUCAGGUGUUUGUGUCGCUGCUGCCUCUGACACCGUCCGUCCGUCCGUCGGGCAGCUCCGCUCUCAUAGUCUGUGUUUAUAGACUUUCCUGCUCAGACUCUUCAGGUCGCUUUAAAUGUUGUUGUUUUGUAUUUAUUCUUAAGAAGUAUUUUAGAAAAGUAGCAUCAGGAGGAUGAUGAUCGGAAGGACGACGCCGGCCGGAAAUGUCUUUGCUGUAGGGCUGUGUGUUGGCAAGAAACGAUACGACCCGUAUCACGAUAUAUUGCGAUACUAUUGGCACAACGAUAUAUUGAGGCGUUGGUAUAGCCCACCUCUUCAGGCUCUGUCUGAACCACCAGGUCCAGACACCUGGGCCACUGUCUGGACUAGCGGGAUAACUAGCUAGUUAACGCUCCUUCAUCUUUUUUGUAUUAGCUUUCUUUUGCUAGCUGCUGCGCGCUAGAGGAAUGGAACUUAAAGCUGCUGCUCACCAAUGACGUUUAGUUCAAGACUCUGACUCUGGUUGGUCACCAUGGAGACUGUUUUUUUGUUACUGUCGUCAACGGGCCUUUUUUGAAGUUUGUCAUUAAAACAAAGGCUUGGUGAAAAA